CCCGGCCGGCGGCUAUAUAACCCGGGCGCCCGCGGCCGGCGCGCGAGGAGCUCGCCCCACGCACGAGGCGCGGCGUCCGGGGCCCGGGGUUAUGAGCCCGCCACUGCUCAGGACCUACUAACCGCCGCAGGAAACCGCAUCAUGACCAAAUCGUACAGCGAGAGCGGGCUGAUGGGCGAGCCUCAGCCCCAGGGUCCUCCCAGCUGGACGGACGAAUGUCUCAGUCCUCAGGACGAGGAGCACGAGGCAGACAAGAAGGAGGACGACCUGGAAGCCAUGAACGCCGAGGAGGACUCGCUGAGGAACGGCGGCGAGGAGGAGGACGAGGACGAGGACCUGGAGGAGGAGGAGGAAGAGGAGGAGGAGGACGACGACCAGAAGCCCAAGAGACGCGGCCCCAAGAAGAAGAAGAUGACCAAGGCGCGCCUGGAGCGGUUCAAGCUGCGGCGCAUGAAGGCCAACGCCCGGGAGCGCAACCGCAUGCACGGGCUCAACGCCGCGCUGGACAACCUGCGCAAGGUGGUGCCCUGCUACUCCAAGACGCAGAAGCUGUCCAAGAUCGAGACGCUGCGCCUGGCCAAGAACUACAUCUGGGCUCUGUCGGAGAUCCUGCGCUCGGGCAAGAGCCCCGACCUGGUGUCCUUCGUGCAGACUCUGUGCAAGGGCCUGUCGCAGCCCACCACCAACCUGGUCGCCGGCUGCCUGCAGCUCAACCCUCGGACCUUCCUGCCCGAGCAGAGCCAGGACGUGCCCCCGCACCUGCCGGCGGCCAGCGCGCCCUUCCCGGGGCACCCGUACCCCUACCAGUCCCCGGGGCUGCCCAGCCCGCCCUACGGCACCAUGGACAGCUCCCACGUCUUCCACGUGAAGCCGCCGCCGCUCGCCUACAGCGCGGCGCUCGAGCCCUUCUUCGAGAGCCCCCUGACCGACUGCGCCAGCCCCGCCUUCGACGGGCCGCUCAGCCCGCCGCUCAGCAUCAACGGCAACUUCUCCUUCAAACACGAACCGUCCGCCGAGUUCGAGAAGAGCUACGCCUUCACCAUGCACUACCCCGCAGCGACCUUGGCAGGGCCCCAGAGCCACGCCUCGGUCUUCUCGGGCGCCGCCGGCCCGCGCUGCGACAUCCCCAUAGACAGCAUCGUGCCCUUCGAGAGCCAUUCGCAUCACGAGCGAGUCAUGAGCGCCCAGCUCAAUGCCAUCUUCCACGACUAGGGGGGCGCGUCGGCUUCAGCAUCCCCCCCCCCCGCCCCGGGAGGGGCGCCCACGUGCCCACUGUGCUCGCGGCGACCCUGGUGUUUACAAAAGGCAGCCCUUUGGGUACUAUUGCUGCAAAGUGCAAAUACUCCAAGCUCCGAGUGAUAGAUGUAUUUAUUGUCGUUACUGCCUUUGGGAGAAACAGGGGAUCAAAGUUCCUGUUCACCUUAUGUAUUAUUUUCUAUAGCUCUUCUAUUUUAAAAUAAUAAUAAUAAUAAAGUAAUACAGUAAAAAAAAAAAAAAAAGCACCACAAACUUGGUGCAGCUGUAUUCAGAUCAUAUGAAUUAUCUGAUCGGGAUAACAAAAUCACAAGCAAUAAUUAGGAUCUAUGCAAUUUUUGAACUAGUAAUGGGCCAAUUAAAAUAUAUAUAAAUAUAUAUUUUUCAACCAGCAUUUUACUACUUGUUACCUUUCCCAUGCUGAAUUAUUUUGUUGUGAUUUUGUACAGAAUUUUUAAUGACUUUUUAUAAUGUGGAUUUCCUAUUUUAAAACCAUGCAGCUUCAUCAAUUUUUAUACAUAUCAGAAAAGUAGAAUUAUAUCUAAUUUAUACAAAAUAAUUUAACUAAUUUAAACCAGCAGAAAAGUGCUUAGAAAGUUAUUGUGUUGCCUUAGCACUUCUUUCCUCUCUAAUUGUAAAAAAAAAAAAAACAAACCCACAAUUGCACAAUUUGAGCAAUUCAUUUCACUUUAAAGUCUUUCCUUCUCCUUAAAAUGAAAACCAGAUCCAUAACUCUUAAGAGAAUAAAAAAAAAGGAGAGAGAUGUAGUCCCUAUCAAAACAUAUCAAUUCAAUACAUUACUUGCACAAGCUUGUAUAUACAUAUUAUAAACAAAUGCCAACAUACCCUUCUUUAAAUCAAAAGCUGCUUGACUAUCACAUACAAUUUGCACUGUUUCUUUUUAGUCUUUUACUCCUUUGCAUUCCAUGAUUUUACAGAGAAUCUGAAGCUAUUGAUGUUUCCAGAAAAUAUAAAUGCAUGAUUUUAUACAUAGUCACACAAAUGGUGGUUUGUCAUUAUAUUCAUGUAAUAAAUCUGAGCCUAAAUCUAAUCAGGUUGUUAAUGUUGGGAUUUAUACCUAUUGUAGUCAAUUAGUACAGUAGCUUAAAUAAAUUCAAACCAUUUAAUUCAUAAUUAGAACAAUAGCUAUUGCAUGUAAAAUGCAGUCCAGAAUAAGUGCUGUUUGAGAUGUGAUACUGGUACCACUGGAAUCGAUCUGUACUGUAAUCUUGUUUGUAAUCCUGUAUAUUAUGGUGUAAUGCACAAUUUAGAAAACACUCAUCCAGUUGCAAUAAAAUAGUAUUGAAAAUCUG